AGCUUUCACAUCUCCAACCCAUGCUUAAGUUCCUUCAUGAGGAAGCUUAUGGACAGAAUCAGAAAUCAUGGGAAGCCGGCAUACUUAGACCGUUGAGGCAGAGAUGGAAGAGGGUCGCUCGCGUCUGUUGAAAUUACUACAUCGGUGCAUGAUUAGUGCAAGAAAGAUAGAUUUGCAGACUAUUCCUCCAUGCAUAAAAAAGGUGACAUAUCUUAAUUUCACCGAAGAGCAUGCAAGAUGCUAUAAUGAAUUGGUAGUUACAGUGAGAAGGAACAUACUAAUGGCUGACUGGAAUGAUCCUUCUCAUGUUGAAAGUUUGCUGAAUUCAAAGCAGUGGAAGUUUCGUACUACAACAAUUAGAAAUGUCAGGCUCUCUUGUUGUGUGGCUGGCCAUAUUAAAGUAACUGAUGCUGGUGAAGAUAUUCAGGACACAAUGGACAUGUUAGUUGAAAAUGGUCUGGACCCCAUCUCAGAGGAGUAUGCUUUUAUUAAGUAUAACCUUCUUUAUGGUGGUAACUGUCUUAGAUGCGAGGAAUGGUGCCGUCUGCCCAUCAUUACUCCUUGUAGGCAUCUCUUGUGUCUCGAUUGUGUUGCUUUGGACAAUGAAAGGUGUACUUUACCUGGCUGUGGAAACUUGUAUGAGAUGCAGACUCCUGAAACAUUAGCUCGGCCAGAAAAUCCUAACCCAAAGUGGCCUGUACCGAAGGAUCUUAUUGAGUUGCAACCUUCAUAUAAGCAGGAUGAUUGGAACCCUGAUUGGCAAUCAACAUCUAGCAGUAAAGUCAGCUACCUGGUGGACAAGUUGAAGGCGUUGCAGGAGGCUCAUAGAGAUGUCAGCUGCUCUUUGAAUGUGAACGAUGAUGCCAAGAGCAAGGAGAAUCUCAGUCCUCGAACAAGGGGAAACUCUAGAGCAUUCUUUCAGUUGGACUGCCCUAGACUUGGUGCUGAAUCCUAUGAGGCACUUCCAGAGAAAGUUAUAGUAUUUUCUCAAUUUCUUGAGCACAUACAUGUCGUUGAACAGCAGUUGACAAUUGCUGGCAUCAAAUUUGCCGGAAUGUAUAGUCCAAUGCAUUCAAGUAACAAGAUGAAAUCACUGGCCAUGUUUCCAGCAUGAUGCAAGAUG